AUGACAAUCUAUUCACUAUACAUAAUAAACAAGGCUGGUGGUCUGGUGUACCAAAACGACGUGAAUCCAGGACUUUCGCGCCUUUCAGCAAAUGAAUACUUGGUUAUGGCUGGUACUUUACACGGUGUAUUUGCUAUAGCUUCCAAAUUAACUCCAACUGCUUUGAAAGUUAGUACACCUUCAUUAGGUUCAAGUGCAACAAGCUCGAUAACGAGUGCUUCAAAUAAUAGCAUAAGUCAAUUGAAUUCAAAUUCUACAAUUUUAUCAAAUUAUUCAAAAGGUGCAUUAAACCCAAUUUCAAAUUCAAAUACAUCAGGGUUAAGAUCUGUUGAUACUAAAUUUUUCUCAAUAUAUAUUUUCCAAUCGAUAACUGGGUUGAAAUUUAUAUUGAUUACAAGUCCUAAUGGUAUAAGUGGGAAUAGUGGAGGUGAUUUGAAUAAAAAUGCCGAAUUGGCAGAAAGUGUACUACGAAGAAUUUACUCAAUUUAUUCAGAUUAUGUUAUGAAGAAUCCAUUUUAUUCAUUAGAUAUGCCGAUUAGAGUGGAUUUAUUUGAUCAAAAAGUAACAGAGUUGAUAAAGAGUCUUUCAUAG